AUGGCGGUCACCCAAGCUCGCGGCAUAGCCAACAAGGCCAAGAAGCAUGCGCCUAUCUUGCAAGUAGUCCAUACUCUUACCUUGGCCGCACAAACUAACGAAUUCAGAUUUGGCGGCAGGCUUCUGCGCCUUCAAGUAGGCCCGCAACGUCGCAACUUCUCGGCACACGAAGACAUGUUGUGCAUGCGAUCCAAGGUCUUCAAGGAUCGUUUCCAACCCGCACGCAAAGACGUUGAAGGCGAGUGUGUCAUCUGCCACGAAGAUCUGGAUGCAGCGGUCAAGACCCUCACAUACUGCAAGACUUGUGGGAAUCAUCUGCAUCAAGACUGCAUUAAACAGUGGAACAACACCAACAGUACCUGUCCUAUCUGUCGCGCUGCAUGGGUCAAGACGCCUUUCAUCAACACGUUCAAUCUCGAUGAUACAGACGCCGACGGAUUCGAUAUAUACGUUCAAUGGCUCUACGGACGUAAUAUCCCAACGUACCUGGCAGACAACGGGGAUGUACGAGUCCGCUGCAGGAGGCUGGUAAAGGCGCACAUGGUAGGAGAGAACAUCGGCGAUGCAGCUUUCGUGGAAGCGGUACGACGUGAGAUCAUUGGAAACAGCCUCGCAGAGACGAACAGCAUAUCAGUCUACACACUCAACUUAGUGUACAGACUUACGGCCGGACCAUGCGCUCUUCGAAGCUUCAUGAUCGAACUAUGCGUCCUUCAUCACAACCGUGGCAAUUGGUUUGCUCAAGCUGAGAAGUUGGUGCGCGCCGCUCUGAUUGACUUCACGGCACGCUUGAUGAAAGAUACAGAGCAGCAAAAUAGCCAGCAGAUCUGGAACUCCAUGGUGGCGGCGGGAUACAUUGAGCAAGAAGUCUAG